AUGAUUUUGAAGACUACUACCGGCGUCGCUGGUACUCUCUUGCUCGCAGGGAGUGUUGCUCAUGCGGAAGACUUUGGUGUGACAGGAGGACAGACGAAUGUUCUUCUGGAUGUUGCAACGCUCUCUGCGGCGGCGAGCUUGGAUCUCUCAUCGGUUUCUCCCGAUGUGAUCGCGCCGGGUGAUUUGGGCGCUGGGAGUGUUGCGUUCGGGAUUAACAGUGUGGAUGCCCCACUGCUUCCGACAACAUUUUCGUACGACGCGGGAUUGAGUGCUUUUUCUGGAACGAUCGAGCACACGGGUUCGGUGUUCUUCAACAGUGACACGGUCGAGGUCGGGAACUUCACGAUCGCAUUCGACGCCGGGCGGGUAGGUGACUCCCGGAGUGGAUUCUUUGUUGAGAGCACGACUGGGAUCGAAGCGAUCCUCUUUGAUAUCGAGACACCUUCGCUGGUCAUCGCGGACAGCUCACAGUUAACCAUCGAGGCGAAUCUGCUGGUGUCUGGUGAGUUCGCGUCGUUCCUGUUUGACAACGGGCUUGCUUCGGUCGAUCUGACUGGCGCGGAUGUUGGUGAUGCACGCGUGAGCGCGGUCCCAACCCCUGGGAGCGCGAUGGUGCUUGGAGCGGAGCGGCGGACGCAGCGGAAUGUGCGGGCGCUGAUGCGGUUCAUAUUGGUCCUGACAGGGCUGAUUGUUGUGUACAGCAUCCUGUUCCAUGUGAUCAUGGAGAUGGAAGGGCAGCACCACUCGUGGAUGACGGGGUUCUACUGGACGCUGACGGUGAUGUCAACGCUGGGGUUUGGGGACAUUACCUUUGAGAGCGAUCUCGGUCGGCUUUUCUCGAUGCUCGUGCUCGGGACGGGGAUUGUGUUUUUAUUGGUGUUGCUGCCGUUUACGAUCAUUCAGUUUUUCUAUGCGCCAUGGGUGGAUGCGGUGGAGGCGGCGCGGACCCCUCGCAAGGCGGCGGAGGAGACUUCGGGGCAUGUGAUCCUGAUUCAGUAUGACGCGGUGACGGAGGAGCUGAUCGCGAAGCUGGAGCAGUCUGGGAUUGGGUACGUGUUGAUUGUGCCUGACUUUGAGGAGGCGUCGAAUCUGCAUGACAUGGGGAUCCGUGUGGUGUAUGGGCCGCUGGAUCAUGUGUCGACUUAUACGGCGGCGCGUGCGGAGUCGGCGGCGCUGAUCGCGGCGACGAGUGAUGAUGUGACGAAUACCAAUGUGGCGUUCAUGGCGCGUCAGGUGGCGCCGGAGGUCCCGAUCGUCGCGAUCUCGACGAACAAGACCACGACGACGAUCCUUAGGCACGCGGGGGCGACUGAGGUGUUCCAGCUUGGGGAGUUGAUGGGGCGGGCGCUGGCGCGCGGGAUGGUUGGGGGCGAUGCGUUGACGCAUGUUGUCGGGAACAUCGAUCAUUUGCUGAUCGCGGAGGCGAACGCGCACAAGACGCCUUUGGUUGGGAAGACGCUUGCGGAGAAUCGGCUCGCGGAGCUGGGGGUCAAUGUGAUCGGGUUGUGGGAUCGCGGGGAGUUCAAACCUGCGAUGGCGGACACGGUGGUGACAGAGUAUUCGAUUUUGAUGAUGGCGGGGACCAAAGAGCAGCUCAUGAACUACGACGAGGAGUUUGUGAUUUACAAUGUCUCGGUGGAUCCGGUGCUGAUUAUUGGGUGGGGAAAGGUCGGGGCGGCGGCCGGGGCGGCGCUUUCUCGAAGGGGUGUUGAUUGGAAAGCGGUUGAGCUCGAUCCUGAGAGGGCGCGUCGGGCGGGUGAGUUCCGUGAUCGGAUCGUUGUUGGGGAUGCGACCGAUCCUGAGGUAUUGAAGCAGGCGGGGCUGAUGGAGGCGCCGGCGGUGUUGAUUACAUCGCAUGAUGACAGCAUCAAUAUAUAUCUGACGAUCUAUUGUCGAUCGAUGAGGCAGGAUGCACAGUUGAUCUGUCGAUCGACGCUCAAGCAGAACAUUGAGACACUGCAUCGCGCGGGGGCGGACUUUGUGCAUUCGUAUGCGUCGAUGGGGUCAUCGAGUAUCUUCAAUCAGUUGACGGGUGAUCGGAUCGCGACUGUAGCGGAGGGGCUAGAAAUGUUCCGCAGGCCUGUGCCUGAAUCGCUUGGUGGGAAGACACUGAUCGAGUGCGGUAUCCGGGAUCGGACGGGGUGCACGAUUAUCGCGAUCCGAGAUCCGGAGGAGGGGCUGAUCGCGACGCCGUCGGCGACGUCGGUUUUGAAGGCGGGGCAGGAGUUGGUGCUCGCGGGGGGGACGGAGGCGGAGUCGUUGUUUAUUGAGGCGUAUGGGAUCGGGGAACGCGUGAAGUCGGCGGGGCUCGGGGAGGAGCUGGCGACGGCGCGGGCGAAUCUUGAGGGAUCGAGCGCGGAGCGGGAACGGUUGGUUGGGGAGUUGAGCGCGGCGAGGGGUGAGAUUUCGGGGCUGGAGUCGGAGGUCGAUCAGCAGACGGCUCGGAUCACGGAGCUGAGCAUGCUCAAUGCGCAGUUUGGGGAGCGGCUGGAAUCGGCGGAGCGCUCGCGGCAGGAGCUGAUCAAAAAUGAGGCGCAGCUGAAGGAGACGUUCGAGGCGAUCGGGUCGCGGACACUCAAGUCGAAUCAGGAGGCGCUGACGAAGCUGUUGUCCGAGCAGCUCGGGCAGGCGGGCAAGGCGUCGCAGGCGGAGCUUGAUCAGCGGAAGCUCGCGAUCGAGGCGAUGGUGAAGCCGAUCAGUGAGACGCUUGGGAAGACGCGCGAGCAGCUGACUCAGCUGGAUGAGCGGGUGAAGGCGUCGAGUGUUUCGAAUGAAUCAUUGAAGGAAGAAACGGCGCGGCUGACUCGGGCGCUGUCGCGGCCGGAGAUUCGCGGGCGGUAUGGGGAGAUCCAGCUGCGCCGCGUUGCGGAGCUCGCGGGGAUGACGGACUACUGCGAUUUCAAUGAGCAGUUCUCCGAGCGUGAUGGGGACGGGAAUCUGCUGCGUCCGGACAUGGUGGUGACGCUUCCGAAUGAUCGGGUGAUCGUUGUCGAUGCGAAGGCGAACAUCAACGCGUACAUCGAGGCGGUCAAUGCGGCGGAUGAUGAAGAACGUGAGAUGCAUAUGCAGCGGUUUGCGCGGCACACGAGCGAGCAGGUGAAGAAGCUCGCGGAUAAGAAGUACUGGGCGCUGUUUGAACGUUCACCUGAGUUUGUGGUGAUGUUUGUGCCUGGGGAUCACUUUAUUGAUGCGGCGCUGUCGCGGAAUCCGGGGCUGCUUGAUGAUGCGGCGCAGCAUGGGGUGAUUUUGGCAUCGCCGAGUACAUUGAUUGGGCUGCUGCGUGCGGUGGCGGUUGGGUGGCGCGAGCAGGCGCUGAGUGAGCAGGCGGCGGCGUUGUUUGAGCUCGGCAAGGAGCUACACGAUCGUGCGGCGACGGCGUUUGAGCACGCGGGCAAGCUCGGGGAUUCGAUCCGUCAGAGUGUGGAUCGGUACAACAAGCUGGUGGGGUCGAUCGAUACGCGGAUGAUGCCUACCUUGCGGCGGUUUGAGGAUGCGGGGGCGAAGAGCACGAAGUCGCUUGUGGAACCCAAGGCGGUGAGCGGGGAACUGCGGCAGCUGACGGAUCUGGUCGUACUCCUCGAUGCCAAUCGAGUAAGCGCGUACGGGGUCUUUGGUGAGUUUGGCGAGGGUGAACUUGUUGCACUUGGUGCAGCGGGCGAGGACUCGCGGGAAGAUGGAUUCAAGUUGCUGGAACCUGAACUCGAAGAUAUUUUUGACGUCUCGUUGCACAAAGAACUUGUUGAUGAGGGGCGCGAGGAUCCAGCCUUUGGGUUUGUAGAGGACGGCGUCCUGGCAGAGGGUGGAGUUGCCGUCGUCGGUUGGGGUGAAGGUGUGGGUGUGGUGCCAGAGGGUGUAGGGGCCUUUGUCUUGGUUGUCGACGAAUGUGUGGGGCGGGUCCCAGUUCUGGAUGGUGGUUUUCCAGCGGAUGGGGAUGUGGUUAAACGCAUCGGUGAAGAAGGGGAAGACUUCCUCGAUGGGUCGCGGGAGGGUUUGGGUGGCGUUGAUGCGCCAGAUCUUGCCAUGCUUGGGAAUUUGCUUGUGAAGUAUUUGCGAGGUGUGAUAAGCUUGGGCUGUGGAGGACAUGACAUGAAUACAGGAAUGAUUGCAACUGCGGCAGUUCUGGGUUUGAUGUGCGGGGGCGCAUCCGGCUCGGUAGUGGAUCCGAUUGGUGGGUUAACGCCGACGGGAGUUGAACUGGAUCCGAACGGGGACACGGUGUACUGGUUCGAUGUCGAUGUGAGCGGCGCGACUUUUAAUGAUGGGCUCGGCAGCGCGAUGAAUCAGGUGAUGGAUCUGGGGAAUGAUCCGUUUUAUGACUACAUCUUGAUCGCGAAGAUCCGCUGGGACAUCGGGAUCUCGACGGUUGGGAACUCAUGGUUGUCUGAGGCAUCGAUGGAGAUCAGCACGGACGGCAAUGCGCACACACUGACUCCUGGCGUUGGGCUGGACUUUCCUGGGGAUGAAUGGUUUCAGGGUGAGGUUGAUCUGUUUGGGAUGGGGAAUCAUUUCUUUGUCAUGGAUGGAGUGCGGGUGGAGUUCUUCGAGAGCUUCGAUGAUGUGACUGGGGAGGCGGACGCGUUUGUGAUGAGCGGCUCGACGCUGAGCUUUGGGUUGGUCGCGCCGGCGCCUGGGAGGAUGAUGAUGUAUCGCAGUGGUUUGUGUGUUGUUGCUGGGCUGUCUGGUUUGGCGCUGGGUGGAGUUGUUGAUGCUGAUGAUGUGAUUCAUGCUUCUGGGCAAUCGGGGAAUGGGACUGGACUGCCUUCGCUGACCUUUGACAUUUCUGGUCUCGGCUCGUUUGCUGAGAUGGGGAGCAUGCUCAAUGAGGUGGUGGGUUAUGACUUUGAAGCGGAGGGGUCGUCUGUUCAUAUCUUGUCGUUCGGAUGGGAUCUCACUAUCAGAACUGAAGGUGCUUCUUGGCUUUCUGAAGUGACUUUCAAUAUUGGCGGCGAUGGCGAGGAGGGGUUUGUGCUGGCUCCGUUGCUUGGAAAUGAUUUUCCCGGAUCCGCAUCGGCGAGCAGCGGAGGUGUGCUUGAUCUCGUGAGUCUGGAUCUUGAUUUCUUUCUUGGGCCGAACAAUCUCUUUGAGAUUGAGAUCUUUGAGAGUUUCGUGGAUGAUCCGGUCAAUGCGGAUGCGUUCUUUCUUGAGGGCUCAACGCUGACGAUCGAGUAUCGAGGCAUCAUUCCUUCGCCGGGGGUUGGGGGCGUGCUCUUUGGUGGGUUGGUGAUGGGAUGGCGCCGACGGCGUUGA